AUGAUGUGGCUAAUCCGAUUAGAGAGUCGCUGCCGAUUAGCUGCGGUUAUUUAUUUAUUGUCCGCAUCAUCUCUCGCAUAAGGAAGUGCACCGAGUGCACACACACACACACGCGCGCGCGCGCGUGCACAGUAACUUAGUUGCGGGCUGGACCCCCCCGUUCGACCCCCGUUACAUCCCGAUCCCGAUGUGAAGCCGACAUUUUUUUGCACAUAAACGGUGAGGAUAUGUUUACCGAAACAAACACACGUUAAGCCAGUAUCGAGUGAAGUGCGAAGCGUAGUUCGGUCACCCUCCGAUUCACCCCGAUAGGGUUGUUGUCAGUGUCGACUCUGCGGAUCGUUAUCAACAAGUUGUGGGUCGUUUGGUUGGUUUAUUUUUCUCGCGCCGCAACUGAUAAUCCGACAGCUCGCCACCGCCGAAGGGUUUGUGUUCGCGUGUGUGUGUGCGUGAAGGUGCUACCGAAUGGACCACAUCGGAUCGGUGGUGUUAUGCUCUGAUGCACCCCACUAGCGUCAUCCCGGGGUUCCGGGUGAGAUAAACUCGAGCCGAGAUAAACUGCUCCUGAAGCCGAGUCCGAGUGAUGCGGCGGCAGACAAGGCGUUUGUAGACACAACCGACGCACCGUUGACAAGCAAACAAUCCCGGAUCCCGGGCUCGCCAAGUGGGUGACAAUUGGCCCAUCAAUUGCAUUCCGACAACCGACGCACAGCAGCAGAGCAAGAGGACCGGCGUUUUCGGGGGGCCUGUUUCCGGAUCACGGGCGAAAGAUGCCGUGGUCGAAUCAACUACGAAAGGUGUGGGUUGCGUUUGCCGUGUUUGGCGCAAUUUCCAUCAUGCGGCCAGUGUCGGGCCGCAUCGUGAAGCGCAGCUACUCCGAUCAAAGCGUACGGGGCUACCUGACCGAGCGUACAUGCUGGUGGAACGAGGUCUGCAAGGAGGAAUUCCAACAGCUGUUCCGGUGCCGAUGUCCGCAGUGGUCGUACUGCAGAUCGCCCGGACGGUACUACAACGCGUACUGCUCCAUGACGAACACGGGCUACAUCUGGACACAGCCGACGUGGGACUGGGAGACGGCCUAACCUACGCAGGCGGUCACAUUGUUGACGCGGCCGGUGUUGUGAACAACCAAAACAAUUUUAGCGCCUAUGAAUAUUGAUCAAAAACAUCCUCCUCUUCUCGCACGGCCAAUCACAUUUUCAUCAAAACUCCGACCAAGCAGAACCCCGCGAGCAGGCGUGAAAAUGGCAUUCCAUAGGUAUUAAUAGAAGUGAUCCUAUUUCGUUCACUGUUGCCAAAGGUAAUCCUAUGGAGCAACGGUUCCGAAGCUCUACCGGUGGUAAUUCUUUCCUUCGGGACCGCUCGUUUAAAAAACACUUUCAAUUCCACAUCCGAGAUUGCUUCCGAUCUGAGCCAACAAAUAACAAUCAAAAUAACCGUACCGCUUAAGCGCCAGUGAGAAGAAGGGUGGAGCAGCUUUUACCCCAAGAACCUAAUAUAGGGAGACCAAACGAUUUAUAGACUUACAUUUUACAGCGCACCUAUCUGCUCCAGUCAGGCGAGAAAAAAAAAACCAUGCGGACGCCAACGAAACAUAAGUGCAAAACGAUCCGAAGCACUCAAAGCGAAACGAAGGGAAAACCGUUAAUUAAAUAUAUAAAAAGAAAACCAAUAUUUUAAAAUACAGCACCAGUGCCCCCGGGAGGGCUCUAAGACCCGGGCUUCCCGUAGUGGUUUUUACAGGCGACAAAGUUGAGUUUUACUCGCGCGUGGAAAUGCAGCGGCAAGUGGUCAAACCGAAGCGGGCACCAUGUUGAGCUGCUUAGAGUUGGAUAGUGUGUGUGUGUGUGUUUUAAAGUU